GACAAACAAACCAAAAAUGCAGGACCACCCACCUACCAUCUAUCUUGGGUUAGGGUUAGGGCUAACCCUACCAUAUAUCCUGAGUUAGGGUUAGGGCUAACCCUACCAUCUAACCUGGGCUUGGUGAAGAUGAGAGUACUGCGGCGGGUGGUCCAAUGCUAACUGUAGUUGAAAACCACGGAUUGUUUUACUUCGUUACGUAGACCAAUUCUACAGCGAAAUAACAAAGGAAAUACUAUGAGAACAGUAAAUUACAUUUGAAUGACUUUAUAAGCGCUUUUCCUUUAUCUCUACUGAUAUGUUUUUGCUACAUACCCCGACCGGAAGUCUAACCCUAACCCUCUUCCUGAGACAAUAUGGCAGCUGUCGACUGUGAUGUUCCUAUGGAGUCGAAACCACGAUCUAAAACAUUAGUGGAGGAUUUGGGGAGGGAAGCAGAGAUUUUCAAAGAGAAGGGCAAUGCAUGUUAUGUUAAGAAAGACUACUCUGAAGCACUCAGCUACUACACAAAGGCCAUUGAUGCAUGCCCUAGUAAUUCCAGUUACUAUGGUAACCGUGCAGCCACCCUGAUGAUGCUUGGCCGUUUCCGUGAGGCCCUGGAGGACUCCCAGCAGGCCGUGCGACUAGAUACCCUCUUCAUGAAGGGCCAUCUCCGAGAAGGGAAGUGCCACUUGUCACUAGGCAACGCUAUGGCUGCCAACCGCUGCUUUCAGAAGGUUCUAGAACUGGAGCCUACCAAUGCUCAGGCCUUACUGGAGCGCAAGAAUGCUGCAGCUGUCUUGGAGUAUGAGAAGAUGGCUGAGUUUGGGUUUGAGAAGAGGGACUUUAGAAAGGUAGUAUACUGCAUGGAUCGGGCUCUGGACUUUGCUGUUGCCUGUCACAGAUUCAGAAUUUUGAAGGCGGAGUGUCUGGCACUGCUGGGGAGAUACCCUGACGCCCAGUCAGUGGUCAGUGAUAUCCUGAGAAUGGACUCCACCAACGCAGAUGCUCUCUAUGUGCGAGGCCUGUGUCUCUAUUAUGAGGACUGCAUAGACAAGGCUGUGCAGUUCUUUAUUCAGGCACUGCGCAUGGCACCUGAUCACAAGAAAGCCCACUCAGCAUGCCGGAACGCUAAAGCCCUGAAGGCGAAGAAAGAGGAGGGUAAUAGUGCCUUCAAGGCCAGGGACUAUGAGGCAGCGUAUAAGAUCUAUACAGACGCCCUGACAAUAGACCCCAAUAACAUUAAAACCAAUGCCAAAGUCUACUGCAACAGAGCCACAGCUGGGGCCAAGCUGAGCAAACUAGCUCAGGCCAUUGAAGACUGCUGCAGUGCCAUCAAGCUGGAUGAGAGCUAUAUCAAAGCCUACCUGCGGAGGGCGCAAUGUUACAUGGACAUGGAGCAGUAUGAAGAGGCAGUUCGGGACUAUGAUAAGGUCUACCACACAGAAAAUACGAAAGAACACAAGCAGCUGUUGAAACAUGCCCAGCUUGCACUGAAGAAGAGUAAGAGGAAGGAUUACUAUAAGGUCCUGGGGGUGAGUAAGGACGCCACCGAGGAUGAGAUAAAGAAGGCUUACCGCAAGCGCGCUCUAAUGCACCACCCAGACCGCCACAGUGGCUCCAGUGCUGAGGUGCGUAAGGAGGAGGAGCAGAAGUUCAAGGAAGUGGGCGAAGCCUUCACUGUGCUCUCAGACCCCAAGAAGAAGUCUCGCUACGACUGUGGUCACGAACUGGAUAAUAGCGGCACGGGCAUGGGAGAUUUUGAUGCCAACAACAUCUUUAAGACCUUCUUUGGUGGACCUGGAAAUUUCAGUUUUGAAACAACAUCUGGACCUGGUAACUACUACUUCCAGUUCAGCUAGGAUUCCAUCAACUCAGGAACAAGAUGGAAGUCUUCCCUCCUAUUUCCUUUCCUGCUGUCUUAUUGCUUUCUCAUCAUACUCCCCGUCUACUACUGAUACUUGAACAGAGCUUCUAUAUUUUUAAUACCAAAACAUUCAAACCAAAUAAGAGAGUAUAGGUCCAGCGUGGUUACCUAAAUUAAUCAUUCACACUCUGAGGUAUGCACACAGAAAUAUUGACAAGCUAUGUCUUAUUGUCACAAGACAUUGCAGGGAUGCAUUAGGUUUCCUCUCACACAUUUGUGAUUAGUUAGAGACUGGCCUAUUCCCUCAUUUCACAUGUUUUGAUUGGUUGAAGACUGGCCCAUUCCCUGCUGCAUAUUGUUUGAAGUGAAGGUAGUGUUUUAAUGUUCCAGUUUUCUCUACUACCAAAUCCCUCUGUGGUUAGGGUGAUGGUCUGUGUUGCAGUACAGCUACAGUUUACAUUUUGGAUGCAUUGCUAUCUAUUGAUGUUAUGUUGUCAUCAGCAGAUGUUUAGUGUCAUCUUUUUAAUAUUCAGUGGUAUACACCACUGGUGCUACUGUGACCACUCAGACUGCUGUUGAGUUGCAGUUGUGCAAGACUGCUGCUAGUAAUUGUGUUUCUUUUUCUUUUUUUUUUGCACAAGGCCAAGGGAAGUGUCAAUUCAGGUAUCCUCUUUCAGAGAUGAGCCACACUGCCAUGGUUUUGGGAAAUAGGAUGUUUGGUUCCAUGUUAUUUAUUGUGUUAAAUAUUGGAUGUUUAGGCCCUACAGUAGAAGUGGUGUCAGUCCAUAGUGGUCUACUCAGUUCAAAGGACCGAAUUUAAUUUAAAACCCUGAUGUUGUUCCAGGCUCAUCUCUUAUAUUUUAACACAUGGACUCAAACACACAGAAGGGAUGGGGUAUUGCUAAUCACUAUUGCUUUGGAUUGGAAUAUAUUACUGGAAUGUAAUGUGCUUAUAAUGAAUGUUUUUAUGUUUAUCAUACACAUUUAUAUUUAUUGUGUAUAUAAUGAUGCAAAUGCUCAUGCUAGUGAUCUCAUUUGUCAUGAACAAUAAAGCAGAUAACAGAGAAA